AUGUCUAAACUUUAUAUCUCGACCACCAAUUGCGGCAAAGCGCACGAAUCUGACAUUUUUGGCAUUGCUUUGUCCUCUCCUUACACAGCAACUGUCUCCGGAGAUGGGAGUCUAAAAUUGUGGCAAAAUAGGUUAAUGGAUGGCGAUAAACCGAAGGAGCAUGUUCUUUCCAAGUUUGUCCAUAAGACAGGGCUUCACCAUGUGGAUACGUUCCAUUCGGUUGAACAAGGCGGUUUGGAAGUGUUUCUAGUCGCGUGUGUUUCGUUUUCGGGUCAGCUUUUCUUGUACAGCGUGGAUCCAAAGACAGGAACGUUUGAGGAACUUGACCUUCUGUCGAAAAAUGAAAAACAAAGAUCAUAUUGGUGUGUGAAGCUUUUCAAAAGUGCUGAUCGUGCCGUGUCUCACAAGAUGGUUGCUACCGACGUCAAAGGUAGCACUUUGGUGUGGACUCUGAAACUCCUUAAGCCAGAUGAGCAAGACGAAAUUCAAGACCCAGAGGCCAUCAGAGAAAGGGACAUACACCUCGAGGCUUUGGGAGAAAUCCCAGCAACCGAAGCAAAAUUUGCUACAAGUGUAGACAUUUCUGUGAAAGGUAUUGUGGCCACAGGGUUCCAAGACGGUAGCGUUGUGGUAUCUCAACUAGAGACCUUAAGAGCCAUCUACAAUUUUGAAGGUUUUGGCAUCAAAGGCACAGAAGAAAGUAGCGGUACUGUUCGAGACGUCAAGUUCUCCCCCUUAGGGGGUUUGCUGGCAGUUGCCAAUGACUCUGGCUCUUACGGGUGUGUGACGCUCUACGAAACUCAGUAUGGUGAGCGGGUAGGGAAUCUUACAGUCCCUACACACAGCAGUCAAAACAGUAUGGCCAGCUUUACACACGACGGCUGGGUCUUCGGCGUCAGCUUUAACAGUACCGGUGAGUUUUUGGCUACUUGCGGUUAUGACGGUAAGGUUCGCGUUUGGGACGUCAAACAGAGAGAGCGCCUCAGUACCCUCAAUAUAAGCGCAGGAGAUAUUGAAGAAGAGGAAGAUAUCGUGUCACAGGACGAAAAUGGUGACUCUUUGAAAACGCCGCCAGUAAUGGGUGUAACAUUCAUCAACAAAGGUGUUAGAGGCGGGAUCGGAGGUGAUACCAAUGAAGGGUUAGCAUGUGUAUGUUUGGACCGAAGUGUGCGCUGGUUCAGGGAAGCAGGAGGUGUGUAA